AUGUCGAGUCAAUCUGGAAUUGAAGCCAAUCAGAACCUUUUGAGGGAUUUCCAGUCCUUUGUUGCCUCACAGAAGAAAGUCCUCAUCGUGAAGAUUCAAAACGAGGCCCUAGAGGUGGAUUCCACGCUGGAUGGUGGCGACGCGUCGAUCGACGUGUGGCUGCAGUCGCUUCGCAGCACCCUUUCGGAACAUGCACCAGCUUACGUUGUGAUAAGAAAUAAUAACGGUAAGACGUUCACGUUUAUUUCGUACGUUCCAUCGGAGGCGAAAGUCCACGAUAAGAUGGUCUACGCAUCAACAAAUGGGGCAAUUGCACGUGAUCUUGGUGCCGAUCAUUUUUCAAGUAGUGUUUUUGUUGAUUCGAAAGAGGACCUGACUUCACAGUGGUGGGAAAGUGUGCAGGGCGAAAAAAAGGGCUCUGAUUCCAAUAUUCAUGCUGAGGAAGAUCCAGAGAAACAAGAUGAUGAGAUUUGGCUGCAGGCUGGAAGUUCGAGCCGGCGAAAAUCAUUGGUUCAGGACCAACGAAAGGAAUUGGGCUUUAAAAUGGACCCUUCGUUGGAGAAAGUGGUGUACGGGUGUGCUGGCCAUUCCGGGGACGUGGAUGUAGUUUACACGAUUGUCAUAAAGGGUGAGGAGCUACAAUUGGAUGCAAAGCACACUUUGGAAAAUCUCAAGACGGAUUUGGUUGGUGCUUUGCCGACGGAGAAUCCAUCCUACAAUAUUGUGAGCAGUGCAAAAGGUGAAUUUUUCAUUUAUUGCUGUCCAAGUGGGUCCAAAGUCCGUGAUCGUAUGAAGUAUGCUGCAAGUAGGCUAGCAUUCACAAAGGACUUGAAAAAUCACGGGUACAACUUCAAGCAGACGGUAGAAGUUGGUGAUCCUGCCGAGUUGGACGUGAGUUCUCUUUUGGAAACUGCAAGCGAGCAAAAGAAGGAUACUGCAAAGGCAUCACAAUUUCUAGGUGGUAAGAUGCGUUUUUCGAAGCCUCGGGGACCCAGAAGGCGGUAG